CGGCGAGAGGCGCCGGGAGCGCGAGCGCGGCUGGCCCCGCGGCGGAGCCCGAGAAUCCCGAGCCCGGCGGCAGAACCCACGCUUGGAAAUGCUGACAGCCAACUUCAGCACAGCUGAGCCCCACUAGACACUCAGAAACCCAUGUCUCUGGCUGCCUCCUUCAACAUGACCAACCCACAGACUGCCAUGGGAGGAGGGGCUUCCGAAGUUGAGAUCAUCUCGCAGCGAGUCGAGGAGGAGACCAAGAGCAUUGCUCCCGGGCAGCUGCUGCCCUUUGCCUACCGGGACUUGCCCCUGGCCGCCGCCGACCUCUCCACAGCCGGCUCACAGCUGCUGGUGAACCUGGGCGAAGAUGACCAGAGAGAAGGAAACUACACCCCAGUGACUUUCUCUGAAAAUGCCAUUUUCCAAGUUCUGUGCAUAGAGUCAGCAGGACACUGGGGAAAAGGACAGGCGAGCAGGUCUAACUGGCUGAAGCCGUGCUGCGGGAAGAGAGCAGCCAUGUGGCAGGUAUUUUUGCUCAGUGCAAGUCUCAACAGUUUCCUGGUAGCCUGUGUAAUAUUGGUGGUGAUUCUCCUGACUCUGGAACUUCUAAUAGAUAUAAAGCUCCUCCAGUUUUCCAGUGCGUUCCAGUUUGCCGGUGUAAUUCACUGGAUCAGUCUGGUCAUCCUCUCUGUGUUCUUCUCAGAGACUGUUCUGAGGAUCGUGGUGCUUGGGAUCUGGGAUUACAUCGAGAACAAAAUAGAGGUGUUUGACGGGGCUGUGAUCAUCCUGUCCUUGGCCCCAAUGGUGGCAUCCACUGUGGCCAACGGGCCCAGGAGCCCCUGGGACGCCAUCAGCCUCAUCAUCAUGCUCCGGAUCUGGCGAGUGAAGAGGGUCAUUGAUGCCUAUGUCUUGCCAGUGAAAGUGGAGAUGGAGAUGGUUAUCCAGCAGUACGAGAAGGCCAAGGUCAUCCAAGACGAGCAGCUGGAGAGACUGACCCAGAUCUGUCAGGAGCAAGGGGUGGAAGGUCCCUCUGAGAGCAGCUGCAGCUGCCAGGACUUGGCAGAUGGGGGUCCGAGGCCCAGAGCAGCAGACAGGUGUGUCCAGCCCUGCACGGCGGUCGGGGCCGAGGAUGAAGACAGAAGUCUCAGGGCUCUCUCAGUGCCUCCCUCCUGGACCACACUGGCCUCUGGUUACUACCGGGAGAUGGGAUUCCCUGCCUUCCUCACUGCUGCUAUUUCUUCUGACCAUGGGGCACACCUCAUUCUCAAAAGAACCCUACCCAGAAGGGAGCCCAGAGGGUCCUGGGAGGAGGGAAGACACUGGCGGUCAGUCGCACCCUUCCCAAGCCCUGGCUGGCCUGCUACAGCCGCUCCCACACGUCCUGCCCGAUGGACGCUUGCAGCCUCAGACCCCCAGGUCCAACACCCUUCAUCUGGGAAAUCCUUUCCAUUUGCUUUCCUUUUUUUCUGUCUGGAUCCUGGGCAGAAUUUUCUUAAGAGUUAGUCUCACUGGUACCCCGAUGGAUUCCAGAGGUGGAUGCCAGUGGGUGUCCUUUAGAGGAGCGGUGUGAGCUUUGGCCCCUCUCUUUGUGCCAACUGCUUCAGAAAUCAAAGCUGUUUCAGAUGCAGUGGUUAAAUCCGUGCAAUGAUACAUUCUUCCGACUCGUCUCACAAAACCACUUCUGAGAUACUUAUGCCUAGGAUCUUGCUCUAAUUGCAAAACAUAUUCUGAAGUCCGUGUUAUAUCUUCCUUUUGUGCUUUAAGCUUUACAAUAGCUUUUGGCACAAAACAGUACACUCUGACCUUGUCCACUGUCAAAGUUGGUUUCUAUUCUCUGCUGGGUCCUACAGGAAGCACAGAGGGAAAUUAAGUCUUCAUUCUUAGCACCAUUCACCCUGAGAUUGUUGGCAAAAUACUGAGCAAUCAGAGAUUCACUCUAGCGUGACUUGAGGUCCAGCCUCCAAGGAGGCCAGUGGAGCCUGGGAGCCGCUUAGGACAGACAGCCUUAGGGCUCGGGCAGCGCCAGCUCCUGGAAGAGGAGUGGCUUGUGGGCAGUGUUGGGGGUGGAGACAACGCUCUCGCACAGGGAGCCGCGGCUGGACUCAAACCCUAGCCCCACCAGCAACCAGCUGUCUCCCCUCAGUCCCUGAGCCCGGCUCUCACUGGAAAAUGGAGGCAAGGAAGCUAAUGGCACACAUGGAUCCUGUGAGGAUCAAAUUAAAUGGAGUAAAAUAUAUAAAGUCCAGCCCACUGGAGGCUCACAGUAAGUGUGAAAAAGAGAGAGGGAGAGAGAAUAAAAAUAAACACAUUUGUAUUGUAGUGAUCAUUCACGAAUGCACAGUCAUGCUUUAGCUCAUUUUGACUUUGACGGUGAAAGUCAAUAGGCCAGGUCCUUUCACAGGUGGGAAGUCUGAGCUCCGAGAGGCUGUUCCUUGCCCCCGGCCUGCAGUUUGUCACAGAAGGGCUAGGAAUGGACCCCAGGGCUUCAGUGUCGGUUUCCCCACACCAGAAAUAGGGCAUCUGUACCAGUCACAUGAGUUGGGGUGAGUAACACCAACUGCUGCAUCAAAUCCACAAAUUGUAGUGGCCUAACGCAAGAGGAACACAUUAAUAUUUGUCACGCCCAUCACAGCGCAAUGCGGCGGGUAUCGGGUGGAGGCACCCUCCGUGCCACACAGUCACUUUGGCCUCCAGGCUUCUUCUUCUAAGUACUGUGAGUCUUAACCAGUCAGCCAGAGGAUAAGAAAGGGAGAGUGGAGACUGAGGCACUGCAGGUUUUCAUUGGCCAGGACUAGAAGUGGCGACUUUGCUUCUGUCCACCACUCGUUGGCAGGACUCCAUCACACAGUCCACCUAAAGACAGCAGGUGCUGUCAGAAGUGGUCUGUGAGCCCAAGAAGAAGAGAACACGGUUGCCGAGGUCACCGUGAAACAAGGCUGGUGGGCUCUCAACACCACUGCCCUUCCCACCCCCUCGUAGCAGGAGGCCGGCGCACUUACGGAGCCCUCCCGAGGCUCGUGGCUCCCUGGCCUGCUUUCUGAAGAAACAAGAUGAUAAUCUUGGCCCUCCAAGCUAUAGGCGUUUCUGAUGGAGGAAGGCAUGGGGAGAAGGGGCUUGUCACCACGUGUGUCCUCUCUUUCACGUGCAGGAGCCAGGGCAGGCUUGGGAGGUGGUGGGUCGCCUGGCUGGGAGCUGGGCCUGUCUCCGCGUGCGGGCCUUGCCCUGAACCCAGUUGCUCCCAGGCGCUCAGCACCCAGAGAGAACGCUGGCAGCUCUGCGGAGGGCACUCCCAUUUAAGACAGGGGUAGAAGCUCAGAGAAGGGGCUGAAGGGCAGGAAUUGCAGGAAACUAGAGGAACAGGGUCCCACCCUGGUUCUGGGGCUUGAGGUUGGCUCAUUCCAGAUUCCUUUGCUUCCUGCGAGGCCACAAGCCCCCUAUUCAGCUCAAUAGCUUUUGUCACCUGGAUUCUUCCGGAUCUCCACUGUGGGAUGUGAAGUUUUUUUAAACAUGGGAGGUGAUUUGUAAAACAGCCGAUAGCUUUAAUGACAAGCCUAUUUAGCUGAUAAAAUUAGACAUCAGAAGAAUAACUUAUGUUAUCCUUUUGCCAUAAUUUAAAUUUAUGGCCAACUACCAGUCCUGUUCACAGUGGAUGGAAAGGAGCCAAGGUCGAUCUCAGCUUUACCUUGCUCCUAAAUCAUUAGUUUGCAACUGUCUCUUGAUUUUUAUUGUUACCAACAAUGGCAAGACUAAUGGAAAUAAACAUUGGAUGCCAUCCCAACAGCAGAUGGGUUUCAAGGCAGGGCAGUCUGUGCAGACAGCACUAAUAGGAUGGGGCAAAGUUAUUGCUAUUGCAUUAGAUCCAUCAAGCUUCUGGCCAAAGUGUGCAUUGAUCAGGCCAAGGCCUGUGUCAAUUGGACUCCAUGACCAGACCAUUAAAGGCAGAGAAGCGCUGGGUGUGGCUGCCCUGCCUGGGCAUGCAUUAAAAGCCCAGCCCUGAGGGAAGGGGCCUGACUCACUCCAGUAAUGCAGCUGAGGGCUUCCCUGUGGGUCCCAGCUGAUUGGUCAGGACAUCGGAUUAGAAAUACUUAGCUCACAACUCGCACUAAAUGGGGUUGUGAAUGCACUUUAAUUCUCCCCACGCCUGGGGAUGGUAUUUUUUCCAUGGGGCCAGCUUGCCAGUGAAAAGUCUGCUCCAUCAAAGCCUCUCUCCCAGAGGCCUCGUCCCGGAGGCCAGUGCUGCAGCCUUUCUCCCCACUGUCUUCUGCAUCGCAACUUUGGGGUGCCUACUUGCGUGCAGGGGGUUGUUUGUUAUCCUGCUUAGGAGUUUCUGAGUUUCUUGACUCUGGGAGUUGAUGGUUUUCAUUAGAUUUAGAAAGUUCUUGGCCUUGAUUUCUUUAUUUAUGCUUUUGUCUCAUUCUUCCAUUCUCCUCUGGAGCUCCAGUGUGCACAUACAGUGAUAGUGCCUCCUGUCUCCAGCAUCCUGAUCUGCCCCCUCAUUCCUUCUCUCAUUCUCUCUCUCUCUGUCUCUCUUUUUCUGGCUAUAAGUUUUGGCAUUUUCUAUAGAUCUAUCUUUGAGUUUAACAACACUAUUUCUGCUAUGUCCAGUCUGCUGUUAAACCCAUCAAGUUUAGACACUGUAUAUUAAAGGUUCUAAAAGUUUGAUUUGAUUCCUUUCAUAGGUUCUAUCCGCUGAAACACUAUUAGUACAUUCAUUUUGUCCAUCUUUCCCCCUUUCUUGACAUAUUAAUUAAAGUUAUUUUGAAGUCCUUACAUUUAUCAACUCAAAUAUUUUUAUAGGUCAGCUAUUAACUGCUUUAUGUCUUGAUAAUUGAUCACUUUUUCCUGCUUAUUUGCAUAACUAAUAAUUCUCAUAAUUCUCAUCAUAUGCUACACAUUGUUGAUGACACAUUUUAGAGAUUCUGGAUUAUGUUAUCUUUCUCUAAAGAGUCAGUCCCCUGGAAAUGGGCAUUUUAGCAGGGAGCAGAGGAUGGCCCUCAAGAUAGCCCCAAGUGUGAACGGGCACCUGUACGUUGUUCCCUCCCAGCUAGGGUCCCAGAGCCAGCACAGAGCUCGUCAUAGACUCAGAAUUCCAUUUGGCUUACUGGACACAGAGUGAAACGGAGCCCCACAGAGGAAAAGGGACCUAUCCAAAGUCAGAGUGAGGGAGGGUGAUGGGCCUCCAGCCUGUGUGUUCCUCCUGCUCUCUCCUGGCCCUGCUGCCAUCAAGCUGCCCUGUGCUCUGUGGGGCCGAGCCACUUCCAUCUGGCCCGUAAGGCUGCAAGUUCCCUGCCAUAAGGUCCUAGGGGCUGGAAGCCAGAGGCGCAGACUCAGGCCCUGCUUUGCUUCUGACAUGCCAAGUGGUCUGAUCCUUCCCCACCCCUCACCCAGCACAGAAGGCUCCUUCCCACCUCCAGGCCUCAGUUCAGCCAUCUAAUUAAUAAGACCCUGCUGUGCUAGCACCCUUGACAGCCCUCCAGUCGACUGAAGGAAGCAUGUGCGGCUGUGUUAAGUACGGGAGGAAUCAGGAGCUGGGCUCCGAGGGUUUCGCUGGCCCUUUCUGAGAAGCCCCUGGGCUGUCACAGCCGGUGCCAGGGCUGAGAGUCAUUUGGCCCAUCUGCAGUUUCCCUCUAAGGAGUUAGCCAUUCCUUCUCAGGGUGACGCAGAGGGUGUCCAGGCACCUCACACCCUAUGGGUAUGAAGCUGGCCAAAAUCUGUCCUCAAAGCAGGUUGCCCUUUUUCUCACCCCCAUUCCAAUCCAUGCCAUGUGUUGACACUUCACCUCCUAAUACAUCUCUUAUCCUCUUAUCUCCAUCUCCACUGUCUCCACCCUAAUCCGUACCUGGUCCUCUCUGGCAUGGACUGUUGCAGUAGCCUCCCAGCUGGUAUUCCCCAUCCACCUGGCCCCAACCAGUCCAUCCUCCCUCCUGCAGUCAGCACAGUCAAAAUGCUCGCCUGGAUCACCAUACUGCCACUGCCACCACGCCAUCCUUCUGUUUGAAACAUUAAAUGGUUUCUUUUGCUCUUUAAAUAAAGGCUGACAACGUUAAAACACCUGAUGAUGGUCACAAGGCUCUGCCUGGGCUGGCUCCUGCUGACUUCCCUAGUCCUCUGUCUCUCAUGCACACCUCUGCCACAGGUACCACCCAGGUAGCCUCUCAGAGGAGACUUCUUCCCUGUAGUGCAGCAGCCAGCCCCCCUUGCUGUUAUCUAAUUUUCAUUUUCAUGCCCAAACAUAUAGCAGAAUUUUAACAUGGCCCCUACCAUGCUUCA